ACCUCUCUUCCUAGCAAAAUGAUUCUCAUUUUGUAAGUUGAGUAUAAUCCUUUUACAUAUCAUCAUCCAUCUAUGUUCAUCCGGAUCAAUUUCUACCUUUAGCACAUCCAUAAUUAUACAUGAUCUUUUCUGCUGGCGAUGGCAAGGAGUCUGAACCCUCCACUCCACUUCCUCCUCCAUACAGUGGUCACAACCAUGUCGGUGACAUCGAAUUUCAUGAAAUUCUAGCAGGAACUGAUAACUUUGAUGAAUCAUUAGUAAUUGGGAGGGGAGGUUUCGGCAAGGUUUACAAAGGUUGCAUAAACCAUGGAGAGAAUCUGGUUGUUUCCGCCAUUAAACGUUUGGAUCCCGAGUCAAGUCAAGGGGCAUCCGAAUUCUGGUCAGAAGUUCAAAUGCUUUCAAGGUUGCGUCACUGUAAUAUUGUCUCCUUGAUUGGUUAUUGUACUCAUGAACAAGAGAAGAUACUUGUGUAUGAAUAUAUGCCCAAUGGAACACUUAGUGAUCAUCUCCAUAAACAAGGUACCCCUCUCUCAUGGUUUAGGCGACUUAACAUCUGCAUAGGUGCAGGUCUUGGGUUACGUUACCUGCACAAUGAUGUCGGAAUUGACUCCGGUGUUAUACAUCGAGACUUUAAGAGCUCGAAUAUUUUAUUAAAUGAAAGUUGGGAAUCUAAAAUUUCAGACUUUGGGUUGUCGAAAACUUGCCCAACAAAUCAACUAUCUACUCAUGUCAACACACUUGUUAAAGGCACUUUUGGGUAUUUGGAUCCCAAUUAUUUCAGAACUGGAAAGCUAACUAGGAAGUCUGAUGUGUAUGCUUUUGGGGUUGUGUUGUUGGAAGUGUUGUGUGGGAAGCCUGCACUGGAAGAACUUGUUGACGGAGAAUGGAGGAAUUUAGCGACGUGGGCUCAAGAUUCCAUCAAAGAAGGGAAUUUAAAGAAUAUAAUAGAUUCAGAUAUAAUGGGUGAAAUUUCCCCAAAAUGUUUGAGGAAAUUUGUUAAAAUGACAGAGAGAUGUUUGCAUGACAAUACAGAACAGCGCCCAACCAUGGAUGCGGUUGUAGUUACUCUUAAAUCCGUACUGGCCUUACAAGAGAAAUUGAGUAUGCAAGCUGCAGGUAGUAGAACAAUAUUUGGACGCAUGGUGGAUUUGCUUCCCUUCCCCACCAAUGGAGAAAAUUCUGGUCGGGUUGAGCAUAACACAUUAGCCCCUUCAAAACAUGGUGAUGGCAUUGUUGUGGCUGUUAAAAUGUUAACUUCAAAAACUCGUCAAGCAUAUGAUAAACGGCAGACAAAGCACAUAGCAGAGUUGGCUCAUCCUAAUAUCAAUAUCGGAGGAAUCUUCGAAUGCCGUGAUUCAAAACACAAAUAUUUCAAUCAACUUUUAUUCCCAAAUAGAGGUAAUUUUGCUGAACCACUUUCUUGGGGAACACGACUUAUGAUAAUGAUAGGAGUUGCCCGUGGACUCACAUAUUUGCAUUUGAACAAAGUACAUUGUGAUAUAAGACCCUCAAAUAUAUUAUUGGAUGAAGAAUUUAAUGCAAAACUAGAGGGAAUCACUAAAACUGUAACCAAGGAAACACAUAUAAGCACAUGGGUCAGGGAAACAAUGUAUUAUAUGGCACCUGAGUAUUUCUGGAAUGGUGAUUUGAGCAUGAAGAGUGACAUCUAUAGCUUCGGAGUGGUGUUAUUGGAAAGUAUGACAGGCCGAAAGGCCUGGGUCUACGGUCAUAUUGAAAAAGCUAGCUUGGUGGAUUGGGCAAGUACGGUCAAAUCAAGGAUAAUAUAUCUAAAGGAAAUAAUGGAUCCACGUCUUAACCACAAUUACCCCCUACAAGGGGCUUUUGAAUGCUUUGACCUUGUAUUAAGAUGCAUUGCCAAUGAAUCCAAGGAUAGGCCUUCAAGUAAAGAAGUUCUGCAAACUUUGGAACGAAUUUAUGCACUAAACAAGUAAUGAAAGGAACUCAAGACAGCCGUACAGCGGGCUACUAGACAACAAAUAUAAAGCAAAUAUGGUUGAUUUGUAUUAUUAAUAGUUUUCCUAACCAGCUUGCCAAAUAAUAAAAGGUAUGAUGUUAUAGACAUAAAUAAAAUUCAGGCGUGUAAUGGAGGAACUUCAAUAUAUGAACGUUUUGUCCUCUCUA